ACGAACUCUUCUUUGAAUAACUAAUAAUUGAUCAAUCUAAAUAAUACUUUCAAUAACAAAUUUGUGCCAUUGUUAGUCAUAAUGAAAUAUAAUUGGCUAUCUACAGAUAAAAGCCUCCGUCGUACAAUCUGUAGGCACCUUUGAAGACAUGGGGGACGAUUGUUAUUUUGUUUCUAGAUCCAACAGCACUGCCUCUUUGUUUCCAACGGUGACAUUAUAUUUUGAGGGUGGAGCUGCAAUUACAUUGGUUCCAAAGGACUAUCUUGUGCUCAGGGGUUAUUAUGAUGAAGACCUUUCCUCUAAAAAAAAUGAUAUUGAAGAGAUAUUGUGCAUCGGCUUUCAAAGGAGCCAGUCAAUCUAUAAGUACGAGCAGACCACUAUUCUUGGAGAUCUUGUUCUACAUGAUAAAGUAUUUGUAUUCGACUUGGAGAAGAUGCGCAUGGGAUGGGUAAACUAUAAUUGUUCUCUGCUCAAUACGAUUAGCUCGUCAAUGGGAGACCGCUUAGCAUCACACAAGAAUGGCUUGAUAGCUAUUGGGGUCGCCAUCCUCCAUACUAGCAUCAUCGCCGGCAUCAACACUAGAAUCUUCUCUUCCUAGCAUUCCUUGGAUACCACUGUAGUUCUUUGUAAAUACAUGCCUACUGAUGGACCAGAUUAAGUAAGUAACAUAAGUAGUAUUCCCUCUGUAAACAAAUAUAAGACGUUUUGGAUCACUAUAUUCGUUUACGGAGUAAUUGGUAUGUGCAGAAUAACCAAAAUGGAAUUGCUAAAAUAACUAAUGUUAGGAGUUUGUUCCCUUUGCUCUGUUGUGUUCCAAAUUUAUGAUGGAACGAUGAUUACUGAAUUCCUGCUUGUUUUAUACAUACAGGAAUGAGUUACUCCUUGGUACAUACACAUAACUGACACCCUUGGAUUGCUUCCCCACACCUCACAUUGGUG